GGUGUCGGUCUGGGUCUGCACCAUUCGUUAUCCUCAGCUCUGCAUGGUUCGUUGUUGAAUCAUGUAAUUAUUAAUUUAUAUCCCUAUUUGAAGAAAUUCGAAGUUUUGCAAGCUCGAUCAGUUUAUUUAACCAACCUACCAUGGCUUCGGAAGAACAGCUUGCCCUUUCCGGGCUAAUCAAAUCGGUUCAUCAGCGGUUGCGAGACUCCUCCAAGGAGACCCCUCCGGAUCAGGUUUGGAGAGAGCACUUGCAAAACGAGGACCUUUUGCGGCGGUACGCCGUAGCAAUGCACACCCUGGCCACAUGCUACUGGGACAAAACCAUGGAGGUAUCCUGCAAGAAGGACAACAGCCGCAUAGAGUGGGUGGUCAAUUCCUGCCGGGAGUACUUUUUCCGGUCGCGCUUGUUGAACUUGUUUCGCGAGAAGGAUGACAAGGUAAUGAAAGCUCUUGAGAAUUUCAACUAUCAACACCACCCGUACGAGAUUUCCCGAGUAAGACUGCUAGACGUCGGAAGUUGUUACAAUCCGUUCAGCGAAUUCGCAGAUUUUGAGGUAACUGCCAUUGACAUUGCACCAGCACAUGAAUCGGUGAUAUACUGUGACUUUCUCGAAGUUCCCCUGGGUCAAAGUUUAACAACUGACCUCAAACCUUCUUCGAUCGAUAGCCUUCCACUUGGGUACUUUGAUGCCGUCGCCUUCUGCUUACUGCUAGAAUAUAUGCCAUCGUCCGACCAGCGCCUACUGUGCUGCCAGAAGGCGUACGCUGUGCUGAAGCCGGAAGGAAUCCUCCUUGUAAUCACACCGGAUUCCCGCCAUCAAGGAGCCAAUGCCAAAUUGAUGAAAAAUUGGCGCUUUACCUUGGGGUUGAUGGGCUUCACCCGGAUAAAGAUCGAGAAGCUAGAACACGUGACCUGUAUGGUGUUUAGGAAGUCCAUUUUCAAGGAAGUUUCCGAACGGUGGUGUAGAAUUCACAAGGAGGAUUAUAUGACGGCGGUGCUAAAUAUACCACAGGAUUUCAAAAACGACACAAUGUCGAAUGAGGAUGAUGAUCAGGGAGAACACGUCGAGAAGUCUGUCGAAGAUAUGGUUGAAAUCAGGGAAAUGUUUGGAGGGUUGCCGUUUGUCGAUGAUGAAAUGAACUGAUGAACCAAACAACAUAGUAUAACACUUGCGAAAGAAAGCCAUGGCAUAAAGAUCC